AUGGGUACUGGUGCGUCCAAGAAUUCGGAUGGUGGGUCUUAUGGGAACGAAGAGCCAGAGGAAAACCUAGACCAAGCAGGUGGGCAGCUCUAUAUUUCCUUGAAGAUGGAGAAUUUUAAGCUCAAAGGCGAGCUCAUUCCUCAUAUUUAUGGCUCUGUUCCGCUUGUUGGUUCGUGGGAUUCAUCUAAAGCUCUCUCUUUAGAACGUGAAUCGGCAUCAAUGUGGGAAUUGAGCUUUGUUGUUCCUCCUAAUCACGAAUCACUGGAUUUCAAGUUCCUGUUGAAGCCGAGGUAUAGCAAUUCACCUUGUAUAGUCGAGGAGGGUCCUAAUCGUCUACUCUCUGGAGGAAUGUUGCAAGGAGAUACCAGGAUGGCUCUUUUCAGGUUAAGUGGUGAUGAAGUUUUGGAGUACAGGGUGUUCAUUAAAGCAGACAGGGUUUCACCCUUUGAUCUUGCUGCAAGUUGGAGGGCAUAUCAAGACAAUCUUCGUCCUUCUGCUGUUCGUGGAAUUCCUGAUGUGAGCAUAAAUUCAGUGUCGGAGACUGGUCCUGAGAAUAGCUCAUCGGCUAGCUUGGAGCUUGAUCUUGAACACUACGUGGUUCCAGCUCCUUCUUCAAACUCAGGCCUUGUAUAUGCAGCUAACUUGACAGAGACUCCUAGAUCAUUGACUGGUUUUGGGGUUCAGUUCAAUGCUGAUGGAUCAUCAGGGAACACAUCAUCAUCUAAGGACAGUGGUACGAUUGGGGAUCGAUCAACGACUUUAAAGGAUAUGACAGUGAUUGUCCCUGAUCCAUCCAAGAUGUAUAUGGGUUCUGGAAUGGUUGAAUCAAAGUCGGUAGGGACGUUUUCUCAUUUGCAAAAGCAAGACAGUCAUAGGGGACUUUUUGUGGAUCGAGGUGUUGGAUCCCCUAGGCUUGUUAAAUCAGCUAGUACUAGCACUUUCUUUUCAGAUCUGAAAUUGGAUACGGAGUCCAAGAAUUCAAUGCCAGCAGCAGCUGGAGCUGUUGCCGCUGCAGCUGUUGCUGAUCAAAUGCUUGGACCAAAGGAGGAUAGACAUUUGGCAAUUGUCUUGGUUGGUUUGCCAGCUCGAGGCAAAACUUUCACUGCUGCUAAGCUUACAAGAUAUCUUCGUUGGUUAGGUCAUGAGACAAAGCAUUUCAAUGUUGGCAAGUAUCGACGCCUUAAACAUGGAGCUAAUCAGUCUGCUGACUUUUUCCGAGCUGACAAUCCAGAAGGCAUGGAGGCACGUAACGAGGUAGCAGCUUUAGCUAUGGAGGAUAUGAUAUCUUGGAUGCAAGAAGGUGGCCAGGUUGGAAUAUUUGAUGCCACAAACAGUACCAGGAAACGGAGAAACAUGUUGAUGAAAUUGGCUGAAGGAAAAUGUCGGAUAAUUUUUCUAGAAACCCUAUGCAAUGAUCAGCGUAUCAUUGAAAGAAAUAUACGUCUUAAAAUACAACAAAGCCCUGAUUAUGCAGAAGAGCCAGAUUUUGAGGCUGGAUAUCGAGACUUCAAAGCUCGACUAGACAACUAUGAAAAAGUUUAUGAACCUGUUGAAGAGGGGUCUUACAUUAAAAUGAUUGACAUGGUUAGUGGGCAUGGAGGACAGAUACAAGUCAACAACAUCAGUGGGUAUCUCCCUGGACGAAUUGUCUUUUUCUUGGUGAAUACCCAUCUCACACCACGGCCAAUAUUGCUCACUAGGCAUGGAGAGAGUAUGGAUAAUGUUCGAGGUAGGAUUGGAGGUGACACUGAAUUAAGUGAGGCUGGAAAAGUUUACUCUAAGAAGCUUGCUAACUUUGUUGAGAAACGACUGAAGUCCGAACGGGCUGCCUCUAUUUGGACCAGCACACUUCAGCGAACAAUUUUGACUGCGAGUCCUAUUGGUGGAUUCCCUAAGAUUCAAUGGCGUGCACUUGAUGAGAUAUAUGCUGGAGUUUGUGAUGGAAUGACAUAUGAAGAGAUAAAGAAAAACAUGCCCGAGGAAUAUGAGGCUCGCAAGAAGGACAAAUUGAGAUAUAGAUAUCCUCGUGGAGAAUCCUAUUUGGAUGUUAUCCAAAGGCUUGAACCAGUAAUUAUUGAGCUUGAAAGACAACGGGCUCCUGUUGUUGUUAUUUCUCAUCAGGCGGUCUUGAGAGCGUUAUAUGCUUAUUUUGCUGAUAGGCCCCUAAAAGAAAUUCCACACAUCGAGGUCCCACUUCAUACAAUCAUUGAGAUACAAAUGGGAGUCACGGGUGUGCAAGAAAAAAGAUACAAACUUAUGGAUUAACAGACCCCAGGGGAUGUUAUUCUAUAAUCUCAUGUGCUUUGAGAAGUUCCCAUACAUUCUUUUAAUUCUCAUUCAUUACUAAGAUGUCGGUGUCAUACAUUGUGCCACUCUUAUCAUUAACCUCCUCUGCAAAUGUGAAUGAUGAGAACUCGUUUUCGUUUCUGUAAUAGUGACGUCUAUCAGUCUAUGUAUGUAACUAAUACUCAGGCAGGAAGGUGGAAUGGUUAAACAAAUGUCUCUUCCAUUCAAAACAGGACUUGGAGGAGUUCAAUUCCAUCUGUGUUAUUCAAUUAAUUGAAAUCAAGAAAGUUUUGGAUACUAA